AACCAACUCCUCAAGGGUUCUUUAAAUGAUUUAUCCUUACACCACCUGUUACAGAAUUAUGUUAGGUCCACUACCUGUGUUUAAAAGAUUAUUUCCAAGUCUAAAUGGCCUUUGAAGGCCUUCUUGAUAACAGUAUAAUCAUGCCAAGAAAAAAGAGAGCCCAACACAUUUUAGGGCACUGUGUGGGACUGUGUAACCUCCCACAUUUAGCAUGAGGAGGCAGUACAACGUGAGCUCAAACUUUAUCUGGUUACCCUAUUGGCAUAUCACAGCAUAGGACACACUCCUCCGUGUGUUUCAGUACUUACAAAGGACUGGCUGGACUUCUGAUUUAACUAUCUAAAUCCUAUUGUGGUCAUGGACAGCAUGAAAGUCAGGGACUAUGACUCGAUCACGUCUUUCCUUGGAUCUUGGGGACCUUUUCAACGCAUGGUUUUUUUAUCAUUGGCGGUCAGCAUCUUUCCGAAUGGAUUAACCGGUGUUUACAUAGUUUUCGUUGGUGAUACCCCACCUCACGAAUGCCAUAUUCCAGAAAAUUACAGCAUCAGUGAGAUGUGGAGAAAUGUUACGAUACCAAUGGAAACCGUCGAUGGCACGACGAGACGCAGCUCUUGCCAGAGGCUUCAUCUGGAGACUGUCAGGAAUUACUCUCAAUUGAACUUAAUUCCAAGUGUGGACGUGAACGUGAGUGAAAUUCCUUUGGAGGAGUGCCGGGAUGGGUGGUCUUACAGCAAAGAAAUCUACCAGUCAACUAUAGUUACAGAGUGGGAUUUAGUAUGCGAUAAUGCAUACAAAGUGCCACUGUCCACCUCCAUUCAUUACGUUGGCGUGUUAUUUGGAACUAUGAUAUCUGGCCAGAUGUCUGACAGGUUUGGGAGGAGGCCUUUACUCUUUGCCAUGAUGGCUCUUCAGACAGUGGGAAUCACAGCACAGAUCUUCUCACCAAGCUGGGAGAUUUUCUGCCUGAUUUUCUUCUUUGCGGGUGCAGGGGUGUACUCCAAUUAUACCAUUGGAUUCGUGUUGGGAUCAGAAGUUCUCAGCCCAAAAACCCGAGUGGUUUUUUGCUCACUGGGUGUCUUUAUGUGCUCUGCACUGGGGUACAUGGCAAUGCCUCUAGCAGCCUACUUCCUCCGUGAUUGGCGGCUGCUGCUAGUUGUGAUGGCGGGCUCUGGACUCAUCUACAUCCCUCUGUGGUGGUUCAUCCCGGAGUCCCCCCGCUGGCUGCUUUCUCAAGGAAGAAUUGAAGAAGCUGAGGUCAUUCUAAGACAGGCUGCAAAGAUGAAUAAAGUACCAACUCCAGAGGCCAUUUUUACGCAAGCUGAGAUUGAACAAGCUCAGGCUAGGAAGGAUGAGAAAGUCAACAUUAUAUCUAUCCUGAGAAGCUGCAAUAUCACGAUUAUCAUAUUGCUCUGUGCCAGUCUGUGGAUGAUCAUCACAAUUAGUUACUAUGCUCUGAUCCUCAACACUUCCAACCUGCACGGUGACCCCUUCCUGAACUGCUUUUUGUCGGCUGUGACGGAGGUCCCAGCAUACUUAAUUGCCUUGUUGUUGCUCAAGUUUUGCUCCAGGCACUUCUGUCAGUCUUCCACUCUCUUCCUGGGAGGCGUGAUGAUCCUCUGUGUUCGUCUCAUUCCAAUAGGUUUGCCAGCUCUUGCUGUGUUUCUUGAGAUGUGCGGCAAGUUUGGAACCACGGCGGCGUUCUGCAUCGUGUAUUCUGUCACAUCCGAGCUCUUCCCCACCGUCAUCAGGAACACAGCAAUGGGCUGCUGCUCCAUGGCCGCGCGCAUCGCCACUAUCACUUCCCCUUUUAUUAUUUAUUUGGGAAAAUACUACAAAUCACUCCCCUAUAUCGUGAUCGGCGUCUUAUCUCUCUGCGGUGCCAUGAUAAGUUUGAUACUGCCUGAAACAUACAGGAAACCCUUGCCAGAGUCCUUGUCAGAAAUGCAGAGCAUCAUCAGGAGACGAAGAGGAAAGAAAGCUGAAAAACCAACGAUUCCACAAGGUUUUGAAACUGCAUUCUAGUUUUUGAAAGCUGCCUCAACAGAUGUACCUCUGCUCUUGCUUCAUGGUUAAUAUGAUCACGAGAGAGCAACAACAACAUUCUGGACAACAGGGUGCAUGAAGAUUUUUAUAAAAUUAGAAAUUCACCCACUUUAAAUGCACGUGCAAUGUUUAAAGCCAUGACACUUUACUACUCCUGUAAUUCUGAUUAGCAAAAAAGUUGCAAAACACUGUCUAAUCAGACUUAGAUUUAAAGUUUAGCAUAUAUUUUUGUGUUGAUUAGUUGUAUUUAUUCUAAGUCUUUCAUGCAUACAUGAAAAAUAAAAGAUUCACUAUUAAUUUUUUAUCUUCCCUUUCUUCACCCUCUUAUUCCAUCUUUGCCUUUCCGUUCGGAGGUAUUCCUCCUUUAACUCCUCAUCCCUACAUUUUUUCUCUCUACGCUUCUUUUUAUAUUCCUGGUUUCUUUUCCUUCAGUCCUCCACAGAUAGCUGCUUCCUUGCCAUAACUUCCUAAAAUACAUGAAGUCAAAGUUGAGUGUAAUGACUAUUAAAUUGGGGA